CAGAUGAGACCCAUACACUAUGCUGCAGAGAAAGGUCACUCUGAAGUGUUUCGUGUGUUGCUUGACAAAACCGACCAAGCUGAAUUUGAAAAUUUUUAUUGGAAUUGUUUGGAUCUGGCGAUUAAUGAAAAUCAAGUGGAAGUUGCUUAUGCCAUCUUUCAAACGCAAAAUUCUGAAAAAUGGAAGAUAAUGCUGCGGUCUAGAUCAAAACAUGAUGAUUCUGAUUCUAAGUGUGUUGAUACACCAAUGAGGAAGCUUAUAAGAAAAAUGCCUGACGUUGCCAAGAUGGUAUUUGAUAAAUGCACACAGAUAACACGAGAUAAGCACUUUGCAGUGGAAUUCAAUUAUGAAUUUCUUGAUGACACGUACUAUCUAGGCGGAUGGAAAGAAACAACACACAAAAAGAGAGGUAAAGUUGCCAAAAAUGUUCAUGAUGAUUUGCAAAAAAAUAAAGAUGAAGAGAAAAACCAGAAAACUAGCAAAGAUAAAGUUGCCGAAAAUGUUCAUGAUGAUUUGCAAGAAAAUAAAGAUGAAGAGAAAAACCAGAAAACUGACAAAGAUACACCAUACACAAAGAAUGCAAAGGUUAUCAAAAAGAAUCAUCCUCUGAUGAUAAUAGUAAAAUCCAAACAGACACAAUUGUUGGAUCAUCCAUUGGUAACAGCUCUUCUUAGAAGGAAGUGGAUAUGGAAAGGUCUUAUUUCAACGAUCGUUAAUUUUCUGCUGUAUUUGGCCUUUCUGGUAUUGCUUACUGGUUUUGCAAUCGAUUUGCGAGCUCCAUAUCAAUUCAAUAGUUCACCAUCUUACACUGAUGUUAACUGGCCAGUGUUUGGAAAUGAGAAAAUUCCAAAGUUUGCAAAGAUCGCACAACCCGGAAUCCUCAUCACGGCUGUUGUAGUUAUCUUGAUUGAGUUUAUCGAAUUGAAAGAAAUGUUCUCUGGUAAGGUGUGGUUAUAUCUGAAAGAAAUAGAAAAUAUCGUACAAUGGAUAACAUGCAUUACUGCAUUUAUUUUUGCGUGGAAUAUAAAUGGAAGUGACAACGGUGUUGGAUACAUGACGCCAUUUCAAUGGAUUUGUGGGACGAUCUCUGUGUUCUUUGCUUGGACCAAUAUGUUAUUCAUCAUCCAGAAAUUUGACUGGAUUGGAAUAUAUGUUGUAAUGUUGAAACGAAUCAUCAAGAUGUUUACAAAGUUCUUUCUUGUCUUUUCACUUCUGAUUGUAGCAUUUGCUAUCACCUUCCACUGUUUGUUUCAAAACCAGCAACAUUUUAGUACAUUUUGGAUAUCGUUGAUGAAAACUACUUCAAUGAUGAUUGGUGGUCCGGACUUCGUCACCAUUUUCUUGGAUGAAACAGCGCAUUAUGAUAUAAUUAGCUAUGUAUUUUUCUACGGCUUCAUGUUGCUGAUGGCCAUUGUUGUCAUCAAUUUACUGGUUGGCUUGGCAGUAAGCAAUAUACAAGAAUUCCAGAAAAAGGCUGAUCAUGCUAAAAAACGAAUGCAGGUAAAAUUCACUCUAGAGUUAGAAGGAAUAGCUACCCGCAGAAUUAAAUGGCUGAAAAAGUUUACCUCCAAAUUUAAAUGUCUGAAAAAGUUAAUGAGUAAAUUACAAAGAAAACCAGAGAAAACAGAGACGUUUUGUCCAAAGAAACAGGACUGGUUAAGUAGGAAGUAUGCAGAAUCUUGGAAAUUAAGUGAACGCCACAUAACUGCAGCAAUGAAUACGGAAAAGGAUGACACUUCAAAAGUAGUUGUCCGAAUAGAUACAAAAAUGAAAGCUCUUGAAACAAAGUUGGAGACACAUAUGAAACAUGUUGACGAUCAGUUAGGGGCAAUUUUGAAAAUGAAAAAGGAUGACUCUUCACUAGUAGUUGCCCGAUCAGAUACAAAAAUGAAAGCUCUUGAAACAAAGUUGGAGACACGUAUGAAACAUGUUGACGAUCAGUUAGAGGCAAUUUUGGAUAUAAUUGGCAGCAAGUCAGAAGAAAAUUAAAUGUAGAGCAUAGCUCAGCACUGUUUACUUUAACAAAAUAGUAAAAACUUUUUAUGCUGUUUCGUUAUUUUCUUUUGAAAUAUGCUUAAUUUUGAUGUACUGGUAAGUAACAUGUGUUUUAUAAGUGACUGAAAGCUUCACUGUCAAACUUGUAUAAAGCGACUGUGCAAGGGAAACACCCAAAACGGUCGCUUAAUGAAACGGUCUCUUAAGACAAAACAUGAUAAAAAGUCAAAAUAUAUACAUGACAUCUUUCUUUUGCGGUGGGAAUGUUUUUCAACUUCAUUUAUAUAAAUGUUUAAUAAUUAUCAGUAUGUUUUUAUCCUUUGUAGUUUUUUAUUAUUAUUUUUCAUUCUUGUAGCACCGUUGAAUCUUCAUCUGUAAAUUUUAACAACUGCAUUUUUUGUUUAUUUCUUUCUUUUUUUAGCAUUAUUUUGUUAAAUCUAAAUUGUUAAAAUAUCUUUGUGCUUUUAUAGCCUUGAGUUUUAGUUCUUUAGUUUAUAAUUUGGAAAUUCUACUUGAAAAGGUUUUUCUAUAAAUUUUCUAUAAACUUUAUUUAUAACAUAUGUAAGCAGAAAGCUUAGAAUUUAUUCAACUAUCAUAAUUAUAUGGAUAUAUUUAAAUUAUAAGAUAACAUUAAUCAUUUUCUCAUUGGAUAUGAUAUUGAUACACGUAAAUAUCAAUCAUUGUAAUAAUUAUUAUUGCCAAAAUGUGAUUGACGGUGUUAUGGUUGUUUUGUUUUUAGUUUUUGUUGUUGUUGUUUAUUUGGUGUUUUUGUGGGUUUUGGGGGUUUUCUUUACAUACAUCUAUAUAUCUAAGUUGACAAGUGACCCAUUGGACACAAGCCGUUGUGCUGUCUUUACCAGUUCGAUUUCAAGUUUUAAAUUAAGAUGAAACUGAACAUUGUUCAGCGAUUAUUUGAAAAUUUAUGAUUUGUUUAUUGUAUAAGCAGACUGUGAUUUGUUGAACAAUGUGUGAUAUAUUUAUAUUGUUAAUUUUCUACAUUUUGUGUGAAAAAUGUGCUGAUCUGCUGUGAUAAUUUACUCUUUCUAUAUUGUUA